AUGGGAAUUAUUGACGGACCUCGUCCCUUAGAAGAACUUUUCGCUAAAAAUGAUGAAUAUUUUACAGAGUCUUCAAGACUUCAGACCAAAACAGAGAAAUCAGUAUACGAUUUGUUUAAACCCGUAAAAGACAAAAACUCACUAAACACGAUAAGGCUUAAUAGAAUCUCACACAUUAAAUACGCUACAGAUGGUCUUAAAGGUUUACAUCAACAUUGGGUAGUAUUAGAUGCUAACAAACCCUGGCUAUGUUAUUGGAUGCUUCAUGUUCUCGAUUUGCUUGGCCAUGAUAUUACUCAAGAACUCAUAGACAGAGGUGUAUCAACUAUAUCUAAGUUACAAAAUGUUACCGGAGGAUUUGGUGGUGGUCCAGGUCAGAUAUCUCAUGCUGCUGUAACUUAUGCUGCGGUAAAUACUAUAGCAAUUUUAGGAACUAAAGAGGCAUACGAUUCAAUUGAUAGAGAAAGUCUUUAUAAAUGGUUUAUGAAAUUAAAACAGCCAGAUGGUUCAUUUAUAAUGCAUGAAGGUGGAGAAGUUGAUAUCCGCGGAGCAUACUGUAUUCUUGCUACGGCUACGUUAAUUAACUUGAUUACACCAGAACUAAUCGCAGGGACAGCAGAUUGGAUAAAGCG